UGCAGCCUGCAAGAAAUGUUCUGGUUUGAUGUCAGCAUCCUGAAGUCUUUCAUGCAUCUGCGCUGUCCUGAUGCCCUGCAGCAGGUCCCUGGGUUGACUCAUGGCCUGUGUUUCCCACUGCAGGUGCUGCCCACCACCAACCAGUCUGUGCAGACGUGCUGCCUGCUCUGCCACCGUGAGCGCAAGGACUGGGGAGGCCCAUCCCACAAUGGGCUGGUUUCUCCGGGUGAGAGGCUGCCACCAGACUUCGUGCCAACGCUCGUGCAGAACCUCCUGGGAGAAAUGCCACUGUGGAUCUGCCAGAGCUGCCGGAAGAGUGUGGAGGAGGAAGAGCGGCGGGCGGUUCAGGAGCAGGCCCUGGCGGUCUCGUUAUCCCACACAUCCUGCAAGUCGCAGUCUUGUGGGGGUGGUUCCCACUCCUCUUCCUCUUCCACCUCCUCCUCUUCCUCCUCGUGCCACGGGAACUCAGGGGACUGGGACCCCAGCUCUUUCUUGUCUGCUCACAAGCUCUCGGGCCUCUGGAACUCGCAGCACACCAACGGGGCUACACAGGGCAGUCCCCUCGGGGCCCCCCCUGCUGCACUAGGUGACAAGCACCCCAGCCUGGCUCUCUCUCCAGAGUGCGUCAGCCAGGCUCCUGCCAUGGUGCCGGGGCUCAAGGCCUGUCCCUAUGGCCAUGCAACCUCCCCCGCUGCUGGCAGUGCUGCCCCAGGCUCGCCUCUGCCUACCUCACUUGACUUCUGCAAGACGCUGCCGAAGCAGUUCAAAAGCAUGUGCCGGAGGGCCACCCCACCAGGUGAGGCCUUCCACUCCUCAGAGCAUCAUCAGCACUCGGACCUCACUGCUCCUCCCAACAGUCCCACCGGGCUCCCCUCCCAGCCACCAGCGCUGGUCCCCUCCAAGCAGACGCCUGCCCACCCAGGACCCUUUGGCUCCCCUCCACACGUCCCGCUGGGCACCACCCCGCAGGCUGCACUCUUCCCUGCGCCCAGCGUACAGGCAGCAGCCCCGAAGCCAGCAUCCGAGUCCCCUUCCACUGGCACGGUGUCACACAGCUCGGGAUCGUGUAAGAGCCCUCACCUGUCCCCUGCCAAUGUGCCGCUGCUGAAGAUGCCACCUCCACUUUCGGGCUGCACUCAUCCCUGCAAUGGGCACUGCAGUACUUCGCUCAUCCCUCCACCUGUCUCCCACCAACUGCCCAGCACAAACAGGGACCCCUCUUGCAAAGGACACAAGUUCCCAAACGGUACCAGUUGCCAUCCGCCGCAGCCUUGCGAGGCAGAUGAGGGGCUCGGGGAGGAUGAGGACAGCAGCUCAGAGCGCAGUUCCUGCACCUCCUCAUCCACCAAUCAGAAAGAUGGGAAGUUCUGUGACUGCUGCUACUGUGAGUUCUUCGGCCACAACGCGCCACCAGCCGCUCCCACAAGCCGCAACUAUGCUGAGAUUCGGGAGAAGCUGCGUUCACGCCUCACCAAAAGGAAAGAGGAGUUGCCACAAAAACUAGGGCACAACAGCAGCUCAGGAGAGCCUGCUGUGGACCACCGCAACGUGGAUGAACUGCUGGACUACAUCAACAGCACAGAGCCCAAGCCCUUGAACAGUGCCAAGGCGGCCAAGCGGGCACGGCACAAGCAGAAGAAGAAGGAGAAGGAGAAAGCCCAGCUGGAGGCAGAGGCCCAGAAGCGGGCAGAGCGUGUCCCUGCAAACAGCCAGAGCAGGGAGCUGGCCGAGGAGAAGCUGCUGGAGUGGCCAGAGCUGGAGCUGGAGCGUGUGAACAGCUUCCUCAGCAGCCGGCUGCAGGAGAUCAAGAACACCAUCAAGGACUCCAUCCGGGCCAGCUUCAGUGUCUAUGACCUCAACCUGGAUGUUAAUGACUUCCCCAAGAAGGCAGCUGUCUUGGAGCAGAAGAACCUGAUCUCCCACCUCAAUGGUUCCUCUGACCUGCAAGACAUAGACCUGGCCCUCGCCCCGCUCAGCCUUGGCCCCACCAAGAGCCACGCACUGCUGCGGGGUGAGCUGGGCCCCCGAUGGGGUGACGGGCCGGGGGAGUUGCCGCUAGCCCCAACGGCCACCGAGAACGGUGUGGUGAAGCGCCUCAGCGCCGUGCCCAGCCUGUCCCGCAUGAUCUGGGUUCAGUCCAAGGCUGCAGACUCUGCUGUGGACGGUGGUGGGCAGAGCCCAGAGCCCAAGGAGGGGCUGCAGCCCAAGGGGCCGGAGCUGCCGGAGCAGGUGCUGGCAGGGGGCCGGCAGAGGAAGAACAAGCGGCAGAGCGGGCAGGUGAAGAAGGGGGACGGUGCUGUGGUGCUCAGUGGCCAGGCCAGGCUGGAGAACUCUGGUGUGAAGGGGCAGGUGCUGGGAACCAAGCACCCUUUGAAGCCCAGCACCGCAGAGCCGCAGCGGGCGAGUGGCUGUACUGAGGCGGUGGAGAGUGGCAAGGGGCAGCCCUGGGGCUGCGGUACUGCCAGGCCGGAGAAGGAGAGGAGCAGCGAUUGGAAAGGUCGGAGAGGAGAUGGCAAGGCUGAGCUGCCGGAUCUAGUGCAGCUGCCCACCCCAGCCACUGGGGACCGGCAGCUGCCUCCCCUCACUGCUCGGGGAGGAUCCCCCCAGCCCAAGGGGAAGAGCAGGAAGAACCGGAACAAGGUGGAGAAAUCCAAUACCUCUAUCGAUGACGUGUUCCUGCCCAAGGACCUAGAUGGUGUAGAGAUGGAUGAAACUGACCGGGAAGUGGAGUACUUCAAGAGGUUCUGUCUGGACUCUGCCAAGCAGACGCGGCAGAAGGUCGCCGUGAACUGGACCAACUUCACCCUGAAGAAAACCACUUCCAGCGCAGCGCAGUGAGGUGCGGGGCCGCCCCCCAACCCUCGGCCGCUCUGCUCUCCUCACUGUGCCCCAUCACCCCCUCCCGGGGGCCCCCGGCUCUCCUCUGUGGGGUUCCCCGUUACGGGGACCCCGGUGCUCUCCUGCCCCGCGGGGCCCCCGGAGCUCCCCCCGCCUCUUCCUUCCCACCGCGGGGUCACCCCGCCCCAACCGUCCCCUCGCCCUCUCCGCCCGGCUCCCUGCGCCGCGGGGGAAGGCCUGUGCUGGACCCAAUAAAGAACUUUUUAAUUUUUUAUUUUAUUUAA